UCUCAACCAAAAAAAAAAAAAAGGUUAAAGACUAUUACUAAUACGGCCUAGCUAGAAGUAUAUAUAAGAUAAUUAACUACUCGUGCUGAAAAACACAAAAGAAAAGAGAAAUAAAAGUUCAACUGGAGCCACAAAAGUAGAUUGAAAACAAAUUAAUAAACGGCGCUAUUCGUUUGAAAAAAGAAAAUUCAGCAGAAGUUGAGACAGAAUGAUAAAAAUGGAAACAAAUAUCAUUAAAUUUUGGACGUUGAAAACUUGCUAGUUGCAACCAUAUUUCUGGCCAUCAUAAAUGAGUACCAAAUACACCCAAAGACAAAUAGAACACUUGACCAGAAUACAAAUAAAAUUCAAUGUUCCAAUACCUACUUGAAAUAGGGAAAGGACUAUAUAUUAGUACCCCAAAAAAAAAAAAUAUGAACAUAGAAUGACAAGAAUUUUGGGGCCAUUUGCCAUCAGGAGGUGAAACAUACAAAUGUAAACCCAAUGGGCUUUGAACCCCACCUUGUCUUUCUUGAAUACACAUACAAAACAAACCGUCUGCAUGUAUUGUUUCAUGUGGAGACAUAUCUAAAAUUCAAAAUUAAAUGCUGAGAAGUAGGAAUAUUACUCUGUGUGUACAUCACUAUUUCGUAACACAAAUAUAACUCCCAUUUAUAAGGAGCUACAGUAUAUGGUCGAUCACACAGUCACAAACUUACAAGCCUAGCUAACCCGAAAUAUCAACGAAAUGGCCUUCAACAAGGUGUCACAAGCUGCAGUGCUGAAAAUGUUGAAAAGGUGUUCGAGUUUGGGAAUGAAACAUGGCCACAACAACGAAGAUGACCUUCCCAGUGACGUUCCAAAAGGCCAUUUUGUUGUCUAUGUGGGAGAAAAUCGAACACGAUACAUCAUACCUAUUUCUUUCUUGACUCACCCUGAGUUUCAAUGCCUUCUUCGUCGUGCUGAAGAGGAGUUUGGCUUUGAUCAUGAGAUGGGUAUUACCAUACCGUGUGAAGAAGUCGUGUUUGAAUCUUUAACUUCCACGCUUCAGUAAUAUAUCAGGGAAAUGCUAAAAAAAAAAAGAAAAAAAGUGAAUACUAGUUUGUAUUCCCCCCGGCUAAUAAUAUUCA